AUGGAAGACGUUUAUUCUGAUGCAGUUUAUUUCAAGGUACUGCUCAAUUUCCUUGAGUCUGUAAACAUAAACUAGAUUGUAUGGAUAUUCGUCUACUAUAAGACGCGUUCCUGAAAAUUUUCAGCUGGUUUCUUUGUCAAAAGAAUUCAGUCCACGUUCAAUUGCGAAUCGAACUUAGUCAAAGUUUAACUUUGGCUGCCAAGGAAAAAUAAAAGUUUGUGCACAUAUUAAGACGCUGGCUGUCAAACGAUCGUUGAAAACUGCUGCUUUUGUUUUACUUGCCUCGUAUGGACUCUAAAGAUCUCUCCACCCACCAUCAAACAAUGAUACUAUUGAAGGAUUUUUUAAGUUACAACACGCAUUUUAUUUAAAAGCAUGAUAAGAAAGUUAGUGGUUUUUAAUAUUCAGGAAUAUUUCAUGUUUAAAAUUUAUUUACUAAUUCAAAACUUGAAACUGUAAACAAUUAAUUUUAUCGCGGUCCUUCGUACAUUUUAAUGGUGCGUUUUCCUCUGAUAAGUCCUGUGGUUUGAAAGCAACAUCUGCCUGUGCAGAAAAGCAAAUUUUAACACAUAGAUUGUUACCUGGUUUUGAUCGACAUUACACCGCGCACUCAUAAUUUUCUUUCACUGACUCAAACAUUCAACAAGGCCAUAGAAAAUUAUUUAAAUUUUCAUCAAGAUAAAAAAUAAAUGAUUGAAAGAAAAUAAAUUUAUGUCACCUCAUUUUAGGGCACCGUAGGGCGCGCACAAGCUAUACAUAUCUGAUUGACUUGUUAAGUUACAUCCCACUGAGGCUAAACUUUAAUCGUUGCAGGCAUCAACGCGAGCCCUAAGAUCCAUUGUAGUGGUUCAAAAUGCAUCCUCCUUCAGAGAGGUUCAAUCUUAAUAAAUUCGCUCCGAGUGUCCGCUCGCGCUUUUGCAUAAAAAAGAACUUGCUGCGAUCUGUAGUUGUAUAGCUAUUGAUAAAUUCCCUUAUCUCACUUUGGGACAAAUUGCUCAUUCUAGAUAAAAAGAUUAAUUUUACCAUUUUAUUUCUGCGUUGUCCUUAAAAUUCCUUGAUGAUCAGUGUUCCAGCAUGUUUAUAUUUUGGUCUUUCAUUUCGCCAGGUAACACUGACGAAAGUAAAUGACGACUCACUGACUUUCAUUAGCUUUCACCUGUCAGCAAAUUUGGAAAUCUUUCAAACUGUCAUACACGUCUUCUGAUUUAACGAAAGUGACAAAAAUGUACAAAAAUCAUAUAUAUCUAAAAAGUGCGAAAUUACGUACGUCUGUUACUGUUACUUUAGCUUGUGCUUCAUUCCCUUUAAUUUUUCUGAUUCAUUCAUUUUAACACUCAUCCAUAUUACAGAUUAUGAGGCGCCAUGCGGAAUUAUUAAGAAGCACUAUUUUAAGAGGUAAAUGCACAGGAGACAGCGAGUGAAUAACCUGAACCAACUGCAUACUACGAAAGGUAAGUUUUAUGCUCUUCAUAUGCUCUUCAACGCGCUCUAUAUCCUUUAUAGGCUUAAGAUCGAUGACAACCGUAUUGCGAUCGAUCGAUAUAUUGCUGUAAUUUAACAAUUGGAAACCUCAAUGCAUAUAUUUCUGGAAGGAAUCAUUUUCAGUGCCUUUUCUGAUCUAUAUCCUCCUUAGUCAGUGCUGAGUGUACAGAAACAGCGGAGCCCGGGGCCUGCUUUCCCCCAAAAUAGAAUAAAUUAUGUGGAAUCCCCAAAGAUACUGCAGCUGCUUCCCAGCUCCCUUCCCUCCCCUCCCGUUUGAAGACGAGAGCAUUUUCCUUCCUCCCUCCCUCCCUCCCCACACCCCACCCCCCGUGGAAUACUUAUCGAAUACUUAUCUUAAACUAGAGGGAUGAUCCAGCUUUUCAUGAAAUCCACUAUGAUGGUUUGGUGUGACAGAAGUUUCGACAUUCUGAGCGGAUGUCGUCCGAAUACGUUAUAAGAAUAAUCGUUGCAAGAAUACGUAACAUGAAUAAUCGUUAUUCUUGGGUUUAGAGAUUUUGCAAUCUCUUUUUAUUGCUACUUUGUUCUCUUAGGAGUGGAUGAGAUCUGAUCCCUUUUUUCCUUCGACUCAACAUGUGAAGAAUGUAGAUUUUUUUUUUACUUUGGUGUUGAUCGAUUCUUUUUCAGAUAAAUUCUCUUCAACCAAACACAGGCAAUGACGUCACUACAUUCAUACAAAAAUGGCGGAUUUCCCCCGUCCAGUAAGUUAUUGACUAAGAUGUGGAAUUAUGAGAACUACAAGAGACACAGGAAAAAGGUAACUAUUAGUAUUAUUAUUAUUAUUAUUAUUAUUAUUUCUCACUCUAGCAGUUUUCACUGCACAAUACUAUAAUAUGUAAAGAGUCAACAUUUUUGUCGACUUUUUUUUUCGAUUGCAUUAAAAUGACUGAGCUGCAUAAGUAAGCAUGGUAAUGCCUUUCGUUGCUAAAUGCGCAGUUGAUUUAAGUUUUCGUUGACAAGUCUUCUGUGUCAGCGAUUUCUUCUAGUUCCAGUUCUUCGUUUCCCUUUAGCUACUGUGUGGAAUACACUCCAUGCAUUUGAUAUUUAGCCACUUCUGUGAGAGCAUAACCGAAACUCGCUUGGCUGGCCUUUUAAAGGUGCUAUAUACCGACGAGUAUAUCAAUUUAGAGAUUCAAAUCUUUGAAAGUUACAAUUUCAAGCGAUUAGAGGUCAAAGAUAAACUUAGUUUAAACUUUUUUAUUUGAACGAAAGAUAUUGAUUUUUUGAUUCGUCUCGAGCGUGGGACGAAAAGAAAAUCGUAAAUCAUCGUGAGAAUUCGAACUUCGCUCGGUGCUUCUGAUUUUUCGUUCGGAUGCUUUACGGACACUCACCGAAACCUCGUUUUUGAGUUAGGCCAUAAAAUAGGUUUGUAUGAGACAAAUUUCCUACGCACUGCUUAAAUCAGCAAUGAACAAAGUUUCGUAUGUGAAAUUUAAUCUUGAAAAACUGUAAAAAAUCUUUGGCUUCUAUAAUCUUUCUUGGUUUCAUAUUUUUAUAUGGUGACAGGUAUUUAAGGGUUUGUAUUUAUUUGUUGUGAGAAAUAGUGAGCUGUCAAGUUGACUGGAGCGUGAAUGGCGAUUGUGUUUGGUUGGGAAUUUCGCCGCUAGCGUAAAAAAUUCCUAUUUUGUCAAUAAGAAACAUUACAAUAUGAAAAUGGUCUUAGCUAAAAAUUACUGUCCUCCAGCUGCGGAAUUACCAAAAAUCGUCUUAACACAGGAAAAAGAAAGGAUUUGAAUUUGCUUGUUAAUGGUCUUUUUUUUUCUUGUUUGGGUGACUUUUUGCUCAAUUAUCGAUGGUAGUCCUGUGCUCACCAAUCAAGAAAAAUCUAAAGUUGUCUAUUAUCAGGUUAGUUUUGUAGACGCACUACGCUGACUGAUGAGUAAAAUCGGCUUAACCAAUGAUCGCAGUCUGAAGAGGAAAGGAUUCUUUAAAUGGCAGACUUUGGCACUGUAUUAUUUUCAUUCCUAAUUUUGUUCCACAUGAAUACUCUGAAAGAAAAAAACUUCCUGCUGUCGCUUCUUAACAUGCAAAUUGAAACUGCAACACUUAGUUACUCUUGCGUUGUCAUAGCAAAGCAGCAUCUAUAAGGUGUAGCGUUCACGCGAUAAUCCAAUUGACAAAGGGAGAUAAACAGAUCAAUCUGUACACGAUUUAACAUCAAAUACAAGUCAGUUGAUUAUUUUCGUCCGGGAAAAUUUACAGGAGAAAGUUUCUCAGAUCUGCGCGCGUAACAGCGCCUGAUUCGUUUCUGAAAUUGCACAACUCUUUCUGGAGGCCAUUUUAAAUUUAAGGACAAGUGAUCAGGUGUGCUUCUCAGCAAAGCCAUGCAUAGUUGUUUACCUGUGAAGAAGCUGCCCGCUUGCAAUAAAACCGUGGAGAGGAGACUUAAUGACGAAAGGAAAGAGGAGUAUUCCUCAAAGGUAUGAGCCAAAUGUUGUCAAAAAUCCUUAUCAAGGUGUUAAACGUUCAUUCAGGGCCGGAAUCGCUAGAGUUCGCGUGAUUUCACGCUCAGUUGGUUCUUUGUAUCAAUCUGGCUUUAUUAUAUAUUAAGAUGAAAUUUUCUAGAAGUUGGGAAGACUACAAUAGUUUCUCUUAGUUUUCCUUCGAUUGUUCAGGAUGCAUGUGGAAGACUAGGCCAGCUUCUUCCUGCUUCGAGAAAACUCGACCAGGAAGGAAGGCAGAGGCUCAAGGGAUUUAUUUGUUUAUGCCCUUAGCUUUUAAGUAACGGCAAAUAAAACAUCAAUUAUUUACUGAUGUUACGAUGAUGUAGAUUACAUAUUAGUGUUUAUCUAUCAUCAAUGUGAAUGUUCCCAAUUGUUAAUAAUCAUUUGGUAAUUCUGAUGUCUAAUGCGUAAAACGAUAUUUUUUCACUUUCGUUUUGAUAAAGAUCCACCCUUAAAAUUGAAGACGUCAAAUCAGUCUCGAAUCUUUGUGUAUCAUUUAUGUGUUAAAUGCUUAAAAAACUCCAAUGGACUUUUGAUAGAUUCAUUUACAGUAGCUGCCAUAAAAUGUACCUUUUAUAGAAUUUAAGGACAGGACAAUUUAACGAAAUUAUUUUCGAUAAAAGAAUGAUUUUGUCAUGAAAAAAAAUUUAAAUAACUCUCUGAGUACAUCAAAAUAUUUGUACAGAGUUAGCCUAAAAAUCGCACACUAUAGCUGACAGUACAUUUAUUUAAACCAACAUAAGAUCAUAUUUACCUACGCCGCAGUAUAAUUCUAAUGAACGAACCAAAUAUACCACUCCAAAAGUUCAAAAUCAGCUGCUAUUUGAAUAAAAAAAUGAUCAAGUAUGAUUUGUUUCUGGAAGCAAAAUAUAACUUCGAUACAAAUUGCGUGGCUCUCAGUGUUCAAAAAGUCCUAUAUUGGUCGGUUUUACUUGAUCUGAUGUUGACUUUGUUUGGAAGGUCACGCUAUUUAAAUUAAUAUACUAAUAAAGGCUGGAUGAAAGCUUGAAAUGAUUCUUUAGAACAGACAUAUAUCUUAAGGUGUUCGCUUGAAAGUCCCAAUAUGACUCGAAAUUCAGGAAGUAAAUGAGGAAAUGUGAGCUGAAUGAGAUAUUUUUAGAGUUUGCGUGACUUAUGGGCAGCUCUAGGGUGGUUCCCAGUGUUAACCGAGUUGCUAUGAACGAAGGUCUCUGUUUGUUCGCUACAAGCAAAUCGAACUUCAUUUGAAUAACACAGGCAAUUUUCACACCGUCACUAAAACAACAAUAAGGGCUGACAAAAAGAUUAUGUGCCUGUAUAAUUUUCUUCUCUUUUCGUGUGAAAACGUCGCUGUCGAACGAAAAAGGCUCAUGUACGCUCCGAAGGUAUCGAAGUAAGAUUUCCCGAUAGCUCAGGCGGGUUACAAAACCCAAAGAUUCUGUCAACAUUCGCACUUAAAUUUACGGAGAGUAUUUGAUUAACGGCGAAGUAUAAACAUCGAUUGGACAAACAGAGCAAUGAGUACAGGAUUUCGCAGCAAUCCUGUCGAUCGACGCUUCCGAAGGCGACAGACUGAAGAUUAUUAUCAGCGGGUAAGGUCUGAAAAUUUGAUAUCGACAGAAAAAAACCACAAUUUUCUCAUGUGACUACUUUAAUUCUUAUUCAUAGUCUGUCUCUAUGCCGGCGAUUGUAAUUGCACUCCAUAUGUUUGUCAUCCGCUUUCACCUGUUUUAUUGAAGCGAUCGUUUAAUCCUCUCAAAUAUAAUUUACCCGCUUAGUAUGUUAGUUUGCGGUGUUGUGAGUUUAAAUGUUUUGCGGGACAAACAUAUUCUAGAAUAAUCGGUAUUUCCUAAUUUUGAUCGUUCUGUCAUUUACAUAGUAAUUGCACAUUACCGGUGUUACUUUCGAUUGACAUUUUAUAAGUUUACUGCAGUUUGAACAAUAGCCAUUUUCUUUAAUUGACCGUUAAGUCUUUCAUUUAAAUUGGUUUCUAAAUGUUUCAAGUCUCAAAAGAUCCAAAAUUAACUCAGAAACAAACUUUCUCGAUGAGAAAAUUGCUUAACUUAAUCGUGUUGAUUCUCUUAGCUAUCAUGCUGUCAGUAAUUACAUGUAAAUCCAAUUAUUUAGUGAUUAAAACUAAAUUUAAAUUUUCUUUUUUUAGUUGCAAAACGUGAAGCCGUAUCUUGAAAUUUCGCCACCAAAAGAGUAUCAACAUCUUCAGCUGUCUGUUAAAAAACUUCAGGUACGUGACAUGAUGAAACAGCGAAAUAAGAAAAAAAGCGUGCUGUGCGUGAGGGCAAAGUUUAUGCCUUGGCUUUGCUUAAGAAGAGAUACAUAAAUUUUUUAUUUUGAAUACUCCAAAUUCCGCUUUCUGUGAAGUUCUUGACCUCUUAGUAAAUCAGCAAGGUACCUCGCAGAUGUUCGGGGUAGGGUUGUAGCAUUACAGCCUCCAAACUGUGACCACAUCUGAAGAGGGGUUGACCUUCUAGUCCAUUUCCUGCUGAACUGGCAACCUUGGACUUGUAGACAUUGAAUGAGAUAUUUUAUAAAUUUUGCAACCUUACUUGUUUUGUUUGUUUGUUUGUUUUUUUUUGGGGGAGUACUGGAGGGAGGGGGAUAUAAGUGGUGAGAUGAGAUCUCCUCUCUUUUUUCUUUCCACCCUGCUUCAUUAUUCAUGGUGAUACUUGGAAAGAAUUGAAAAGUCUCUGCUGAGAUUCAUAUCUAAGGAUGGAGAAAAACUCCACAGAACCAAAAUUUGGGAAGUUUGCUACUUAGGGAUUUAACGCAACUUCUUUUCAGCACUUGUUUAAUGAAUUAUGAUGAAAACCAGGUUUCCAAGUCUAUUAAAUCAUGCUGAUAUUAAAAGAAUUUAGUUAUAAUUGCUAUUUAUGGCAAAUCUCUUAAAAUCAAUACCUCAUUGAUGGAAACUUACGCCAGACAAGGGCAGUCCACCGUUGAAAAUGGCAGUAGGUUGACAUCAAAGUUUCCUUUUCUAUUGAAUUGCUUUCAGAUGCAACAGGAGAGGCAAGCUGCUAUAGAUCGGCAAAAUGAAGUGAUUCUCAAUCAGCUGAUGAAAAUCAAGCAAUCCCCAGCAAGGGUUGAUAACUGGAACAAGGACUGGAGACCUACGUAAGGAAAUUUUUUAAAUAGUUUAUUUCACUUUGGUAACCUUUAAAUGGCACUUCAUAUGACAUACCAAUAAGUGCAUUUUAGAAAAUUUUUGAUAUUGAUUAAAAAUCAGUCAUCUGUAUGCAUGAAUUGCUAGACAAAAAAAUACAUCUUCACCUUCAUCUACAUCUUCAUCCUUCAUCUUCACAUAAGUUCUUAACAAUUGUUUUGAACUGGUAUCAUCACCCUUAAACACUUACAGAAUAUUAAACAUUUAAAGACUCAAAGUGAUUAUUGAAGAAUUACUAUAAUUGAUGAUCAGCAAUUAUUAUAUUUGAGCAGUGCUGAAAAUGUUUUUUUGUUGCCAUUAAUCAGCCAUGACAGGUUGAGAAGCUUUAGGGAACGAAAGCAAAGAAAAAUAAAACUGGAAAAUGAGGUGUGUUGUUUUGGAUAUUUGUGGUUUAAACAUUUUUAUUGUAAAAAGAAGAAUUUUUAUAAUAUGUCUAACUUACUAAGGUAGGCUAAUUGACUUAUAACUGCAGCGUGCACACUAACAACUUUGCACACUUUGCUUGCCUAUAAUAGUAGUAUAACCCCUCAACUGAGGUGGCAAAUAUAUGAUAUAGGAUAAUGUUGUAUCAAACUAAGAAUAGGAGAAUUUGACCGAGUUCUCAGCAUGGUUGUGAUGUUUUUCUUUGAAUUUUCAGAAACAACAAGAGAGAUUGAAAAAUAUUCAGCCAUAUUAUGACAUAGAAAAAUGGGUAGGACUCUCUUAUAUAAAACGUGUAGGAAAAUCUGUUUUAGUGACUGUAACUGUCAAAUUUUCUUUCCUAGUUCCUCAAAAAUUUGUUUGCAUAUUGAACGAGAUUAGUAUGUUGAUGUUUGAUGUGAUUUUGUUGGCAGGAAAAGGAUUUUAAAAAGCAUCAGUAUUACUUGACGCUGUUGGAUGGAGGAACAAAGGACUAUGAAGAGAUUGAGGAUGAAGACGAGGUAAAGGUUGACGUUUUUAAAAAGAACACUAUUUUAGUUAUCGCUGAGUUUCUAUAAGGGUGUAGUGCUAAGGGGGUUGGUUGCGGUAUGUGUUUGCCUCCAAAAACCAUUACAGCAUUUAAUUUCUACCCCCCUUCCCUGCUGGAAAACCCAUCUACUACCCCAAAUUCGUCACACUCUGAGCUUUCUGACAACUUUUUUUUUACUCAGGAAUACGAUAGCGACGAAGAAGAAGAAAAGGAAAGACUGCCUCCUGUUGUAAGUUAAACCAACGCGUUUUACAAUUUACAGUGAAGUUUCUUUGCAUUUUGCACCCGUUGCUCACCAGAAGCAGCUUAUAUUUUGCUAUCUUGAAUCGCGUUUUAGGAUAGCCCGGAUGGCGAGAAAGGGGAGAAAAAUGUGAAGAAGAAAAAUGAAGAACAAGUAAAACUUCCACCCAUCCAGAACAAAAAGAAAGGCAAAGAUGGCGGCGGUAAGAAGAAAGAGGAUUAUCCAGAACAUGUCGUGAUCAUGGACGCAGAAGACAUCAACAAAGCAAUUGAAGGUAAAAAAAAUGUUUUAAAACUCAGUAAACGUUCGAGGCCUUCUCUUAAUUUGAGCGUCUUUAAUUUGGACAAUCAGAAAAAAUUGUGUAAUGAUUGCAUGAGAGUUUACGAGCACCCUGAUUGGUCAAAAACUUAUCGUAUAUUGCACCGGUAAAACCUUAGAAAAUUGGAGUUUAUUUUACAGCAACAGACCGCACUUUCUGCCUGUUUACCGGCGAAAUAACCAUGCAGAAUGAUAGGAGAACACUAGAAAAGUUUGUAAGAUAGGAGCUGGAGGCGAGUGAUUUACUAAUUUUUCUCGUGACAGAAAGUGCGGUCUGUUGCUUAAAUAGACAAUCAAAGUUCGUCGCCACAGGCAAAGUGGACCAAAAUAAGAUACGUCCCAUAAAAAAUCACUCGUGUUUGCUUGGAAAAAUAAUUUUUGUCUGUUUCUCUUUCCGUAGAGAACGACAAAGAAAAGAUUCUUCAAAUCUUGGGGAGAGUAUCAGAAAAGAAGAAAAUGGAUAAACUAAAACAGAAAUACAAAGAGCUUUACGAUAAGGUAAGAACAAGGAAGAUAUCUUUAUGAUUGUGAUUCCCCGCAAUAAGAAAGAAGACAAAAAUUUUAAAUUUUCGAAAAAUCACAAUAUUUUUAGAUGUUGUCCAGGCGUGAAUAUUUGAAAGUUUAUCUCUUCCAUAUUUUUAAUAAGAUAGAUGAAAGAAUACGCGCGCCGCAAAAAAAAAACUAUUGUAUGUUGCACUGGUAAACCCAUAGCAGCAGUGUUUCAUAAAAAGAAAUCUUCCCGCGUUGUUUGAACAUUCCCAGUAUCUCUCGCUCAAUCACUUUCUUCUUUUCGUCUUUUCAUUAUGCGAAAACUGAAUAGGAUUUGAUGGAGGAAGUAAAACCUAAACUGGACGAGGGGCUACAAGAAACUUUAGACUGUCUUGGUUCAGGUGCCGAUGAGGACGCUAGAAAACUUUACGAAGCCAUGAAGGUUAGUUAUUCAAGUUAAUGUGAAGAUAAGACACUGUGAUCCAUCCGUGCGCGUGUACGUUCGAUGCGAAAAUUUCGUUAACUGGUGAAAUAACUUUCGAGAUAUGUACAACGUCUGACUGGCUGCUGCGUGUAGAAUUCUGCGUGUAGUGGCAUUUAAUUUCCAUGCGCUCGCAACACGCAAUUACGUGACGAUGGAAAGUCUCGACUUGACUCCUGUUUUUCUGUUUCUGGGACUGUCAUUACGUUUUUGUCAUAAUAUAGUGAACAGCAGUUUUAAUCUACUACAUUUUUAUUCAACUCAUCGCGGGUUUCGAUAGCAUGCCACAUGCCAGUCGCUAGCUUUCUCCCUCCUUCUGAUAAAGCGCAUUUUUAUUCCUGGGUUCGGAGGGGCCAAAUGAUGAGAACGAAGUGUCUUAACGCCCUGAUUCGACGUCCAGAGGGAUAUUGCUUGGCCCACCGCAUCUCUGACAAUUUUAUCGUAACUCUAUCUCAAGGCUAGAAUCCCUUCGUUGCUCAACAUAUUUUCAAACUCUCGCUAAAAUAUUUACAUUUUGCAGGGCCUGGGUACCGAUGAGGACAUAUUGAUAGAGAUUUUAUGUACCAGGACAAACGCGGUACGUUUUUGCCCCUUUUUUCAUUUAGGUUCGUGGACAGAACUGUGAUCCAUGAGUUGAAGUCUGUUCUGUCUUCGAUAAAAUUAUCACAGGUGAAUUUGACACAGGAUUUCAUUAUGUUUUUUUAACUAAUCGAUUUGCUACAUGCUCUUUCUCUACAGCAAUUGAAAGAAAUUCGAGCAGCUUACAGCAAAAGUGGGUAUUUUUGAGCCAUUAAAGAUAAAAGCAGUAAAAAGGAUAAGGUGUAAUAUUGGAACUGAGCAAAAUGCUUACUUAUCGUUGCAGAUUAUGAACAUUCGUUAGAAGAAGACUUGAAAGGUGACACUAGUGGUGACUUGGAAACUUUACUGAUGGAACUUAGUAAGGUAACAGAAAUGACUCACAUAAGAAGUAAAGAAUUUAAAGCCACCCAAAUUUAUAUUCGAAUUUCGUACUUAAACAGUGAAUGUUUGACAUUAAUAGGGCCAAAGAGAUGAAUCCACUGAAGUUGACAACAAGAUGGCUAAGAAAGAUGCAAAGGAAAUCUACGAGGUAAAAUAUAUCGCACUCAUUUCGCGUGUUUGCUCGUGUUUUUGUUCCUUAGUUCGUGUUCGUCCGUUCACUUGUCUCUUCGAUUGCUCACUCGUGUGCUUGUUUAUUUAUUUGUGGUAUUGUAUUCAAGGCGGGUACAGCCAGCUGGGGAACGGAUGAAGGCAAGUUUAUUCGCAUUUUCACGCUUAGGAGCCGUCCACAACUCGGCGCAACUUUUCCAGAGUACAAAAAAGUGAGUCAGAGUAACGUAAUAAUGAAACAGUGUUUAUCUUUUCAAAAGGCAAGACUUCAACAUGUUGCUUUUGUGUGAGGUUAAGAGGUUGCUGUUGUAAAAUGUCAAAAUGAGUUUUUCUGCCACAACCAUUGUUGUUUUGCAUUUGUCAUUUGUCGCGGGAAAAUAGCCAUGUUGUUCGGCAGAUAUUGUUUAUCAAGUGAACACAGAAACAAUCGUCUAAACGAAUGGGAAAUUUUUUGAGGUCGAAAUUUUUCGUUGGAGUGGUGCUUGCUGUUCUUGUGAGAAGUCAUUACCCAGAGAAACUCGCUCUCUUAUUUUCUGCUUUGUUAAAGACUUGACCACUCGUCUCCAGACCUCGCGCGUUACAUUCGUGCAACUCGUUAAACAACUAACCCGUGUAUUUUACAGUUAACAAGUAAAGAUAUCGCAGAGUCGAUCGACAACGAAAUGGACGGGGAUCUACAAAAGGCGUUUCUAACGCUUGGUAAGCAUUCUCCCCCCUCUUGGCUUUCUUUUUGCAAGUAAAAUGCACCACACUGUAAUUUGCUUUUUAAUUCACCUCACACUUUUUAUUACUUGACGAUGUUUUUAUGUAUUUUCUUUCUUUUCCUAUGUUUUCCUUUAGAUAGUACCCUAUCGUCUGAUUAUAGUGCUGUAUUCCCUUUGGUUUAAAGUUUUCCGAUACUCAGUCGAAAUGCGCCCUAGAAACUUUCACAAACAGUUGCUGAAUCUCUUCAAUAGUGUCAGGCGUCAGAGAGUUUGGUGUGAUGCUCUGUUCACUUAGCUCGCUUUUGAAGAAAUAGUUUAUUCCGUCGAUUUUUUUCAACAGUUAAAUGUAUCCGUGAUCCAACCGGAUUUCAUUCGGACAAACUUCAUGACGCGUUGCAGGACGGCGACACCAAGACUGUGGCCAGAAUUAUUCUCGGGAAAAAUAAGGUGAGUGCAAAAGAAAUGCUCUUGGAAUUAAUUUUGUGUUUUUUGUUGAUGCUGUUGUUACUGAAGAGGGAUGCAUGAUUCUGGUUAAUUACACUAUAUUUGCUUGUACCUAAAACUUAACAAAUGUGCAUAAAUGAAUUAUAAAGUUUUGAAAACAUGUUGAAUAUCGUGAACUACUAAAGAAAAACUGAUUCUAGGAGAAAUCAUAGUUUUAACUGAAAAACUCCUCUACCAUUCAAUUGCACGUAUCCAUUACUGACCCAGGCUACAAUUUCGGCUUGACACUACUUUAAUGGUGAGCUGACUUAGCUGGUCUCUGUUAUUGCAGGCGCAGUUGGACGAUCUUGUAGCAGCUUAUAAGAAAGCUCAUAAGGCUGAACUGGCGGAUGAGAUCGGCAAGAAAUGUAGUGGAGAUUUGAGAACGCUUCUGCUUGGAAAGCUAGGAAAAGGUAAUAUGAUGGUAAUAGUAACGAAAUAAUGAUAUGUUUAGUAUCUAAGAAUAGCGUGGGACGAAAGCCUUCUAAAAAAGUUUUGAAAAUUUGAGUUUCCUGCGAGAAAUCGAAACCAGUGGACUAAAGAAAGAUGUUGAGCGUUUUUGUUAUUUAAUUUCAGGUGCAGAGAACAAGAAACAACAGAAGGUAUGUUGUAUUUAAAUUGAAAAGUACCUUUAAGUUUGUAAAUCAAAAGGCUGAUUUUGAAAGAAACUGUCGCCUAAGACUGAGGAGGAAUAAACACUCAAAAAGAGUUAUAAACUCUACAAUUUAUCUCCCGGAAUUUCGUGUUCAGUGAUUCAGAAAAACCACGGAGUAAUCUUCUUAACUGAGUAAAUUGAUAUCAUAAAAAUCAAAGACAAAAAAAAAAUUCCUUUAUUCAAGUUUCAAAUGGGAAAAGCAGUGUAAAUUUCUCAACUAGAUAAGACGCAAGUGAUACAACUCCAUAACGUCUUCAUUUUCUUAAACAAUACAUUUCAUAGCCGGUGAAACAAGACAAGGCGAAGAAAGAAGCUGUAAAAGAAAAACCUAAAGUUAAACCCACAGCAGUGCAGGACAAGAAAACUGAUAAAAAUACACGCGUAAGUGUUGGUGAUUCCUUCAAUAAACCUUAUGUAGCCUAGAGAUGAGCUGGGGGAAUGUGAAAGUGAAACUGGUAUAUUAUAUGUUUUAAAGCGAGCUUACUUUAGCAUGCAAAAUUCGUGGUUUUUGCCGACCCAAAUUGAAUUUUUGUUCUUAUCAGCUACCCAACGACAUGGGCGUAGCCGUUGGGGUAAAGGGGGGGGGGGUGGUACCACGUCAAAGUUGUGUCGAAAUGUUAGAACAGAGAAAAGAAUAGAGUCACAUGCAUCCCCAUUGCUGCCCCCUCCUUGGAUACUUCCCCCCCCUCCCGCUCAAUGAUCUCGUAAAUACUAUCACAAUUUAGAAGCUUUACAUCCACUUUACUUUCUACAGCCUGUAGCGAAACAGGACGCUGCCAAAGACAAACCUAAGGGAGCAGCGAGUCAGAACGACAAGAAAACAGACAAAAAUGCAGACAAAAAUAACGAGAAUAAGGAAGCCUCUCUGGAAAAAGAUCUCGAUGAGUUAAAGAAAGCUAUUGAUGGUACGUGCGCUUUUAAACGUUUACAUUCUGCGUUUCUGAAUUGUUCCAUUUUAUGUUGACUUUACGUGUAAACUGAUUUUAAUAUUGAAAACCAACUGGGACUUUCUCUGCAUUAUCCUUCAUAUUUUUCCUUUUCUUGGGUCCUGUAAAGAUUACUUUCCUCGACUUUACGACUUCCGACUUCCGACUUGUGAACAUGAUUUAGUGUGGUUUUCUGAGAUAAAAGCCGCUGUAAUCUAAGCGGUUAUUUUGUUCCCAUAAUUUGAUCGGCUGACAGCUUAAUUUGUAUAUAUAAGAUGUAGAUACUCAAAGUAUAAAUGAGUCUAAAAUUACAUAUUUUCUUCUGACAUCAGCUGGAGAUAAAGACAAAGUUGUGGACAUCAUAGCUAAACACAGCGAUGAAAAAUCCAAAUUACAACAACUGAAGGACAAAUUCAAAGAAAAACAUGACCAGGUAAAAACAUCGGUGUUGUUUAAGGGAAUUAAUAAUCUCUUUUAUUUGUUAUCAAUAUGAUAAACUAAUUUUUACUUUUCCGCACUUUUCGGGAUUUUUGCUUUAUCGUUACAUCUUUCUAGUUGAAUAUAAUGUGUCAUUUUCCUUUGAUUUUUCACAUUCGGUCUAUAAAUGACGAGUAAAUGCCCUUUUGGUGAUUGCAGGAUUUACUGGAGGCUGUCAAACCGGUUUUGGAAGAAGAACAGUUACAAGACGCUGCAGAUUCUUUAUUAAUGGAGAAUGAUUCUUAUGACGCGAAAAUCAUGUACCAUGCCAUGAAGGUGGGAAAGAAACUUUUAUACGUGAAUGUUAAUUGACUUAAUCAUGAACUCUUGAAUCUUGACACAAAUUUUUCAAUUUACAGAGGUUUAUUUUAUUGCUGAAGGAAAUUAUAAUAGCGAGUGCAGUUAUGAUCAUUGAAGUCAUUACCUCGAACAAUCUAUUGAAUCACUUUACUUUCUUUUAUCAUCGUCUCGGUAGGGCCUGGGCACCGAUGAAGAUGUGUUGAUCGAGAUUCUUUGUUCAAGAAGUAACGCGGUAAGUUCGCAUGCGCAGUGUCUGCCUGACCUUAGCUUUUGAUCUUUGGGUCAAAAGAGGUGGUAGCCUCCCUCUCUUUUAACCCUUUACACCCUCUUACCAGUAUGCACAUUCUCCAUACUGUACUCUAUACAUUUCUUAAGGUGCUGUUAAGGAGAAUUUGUUUAACAAUCAAGAGCUUUUCUUGUUGGUGAUCAUUUCCUUGUUUCUCGUGACCUUAACGUUAGAUUCAGGGGUGAUAUUGUAAGGAGAAAUUAGAUGCUCGUCAAUCUUAGGAGUCAAAGGGUUAACUUACUUCGCAAUUGGCUUUUCUAAAGACAAGUUUGUUCUUUUCUUAUCAAUACACGCAGUAGGAACGUAAACUUAAAUAGUUUUUUUUUCUUCCAAUCAGGAAUUGGCCAAAAUUAGAGAGCAGUACACAUCGAGUAAGUAAACAGCUGAGGCGAAGUAACAAAGCGAGUUAUUGGGUCAGAGUCAAACAUCAGAACAAAACAUAAAUCAUGAAAUUUUAAAAUCCCUUAAGAUUAUAAUGAUCUUAAAACAGAAUUGCAACAAACUUCCGGCAAAGGUGGAAAACAUUUAAUGACCAUAAGGACAGAUGAAUGAAAAUAAACAGCCUGUUAAUGAAAAAUGAUUGACUCAAUGAAUAAACUACCAAUAUAUAUGUAGAAAUAGAUGAUUAAAAACAAACAGGUAACCGCCAAAAGGGAGGGAAAAAGUGGACGGUUCAAGUGCUUUUACGUUGAAGCAGCUGCAAUGGGCGCGUAAGCUUGUGGCCGGCCAGUGUAAGGAAAACUUAACAUUGGUAAGCGACACUAAGCGCGGGAAAAGAGUAAGAUGUUCAAACGGUAAACAUUUGCAGUCCUCAGGAUUUUGAUGUACAGAAACCCAUUGAUUUUUUAUUUGCUUGUUCUUAUGUUUGUUUAUUUUAUACAGUCUAUGGCCAGUCGCUAGAGAAGGAUAUCAAAGGGGACACCAGUGGUAACUUUGAAGAUCUGUUGGUUGAAUUAAGCAAGGUAAGUGAAAACUCGUCUUAUCGCUUGACGAAUGAUUCUGGCUUGGAGGAAAUUUUUUGAGUUGGUGUGUCCACCUGAUAGUUUGUGCACAGUGGAACUGCCGUUCUUAGCUCCGACCAAGGUCAAAAUUAAUUUGAGUGAGAGUCAGAACGUGUACAGUGUUAACCACUAUUAGGAACAAGAUGGAAUACUCGCAAAUUGUUGGUCAAAAUUGUUGUCGGGUAACUCAGGAGGACCUUACAUAAUUUCUGUACAGCUCUUACCCAGGAUUUCCACGGUCAAAUAAUUCCGGCGGCUUAACCGAGACUUACUCCUAUACUGAAACAGACAGACUUUUGAAAAAAUGCUGAGGGCUUAAAUCUGGAAAAGGGAAGAUCAAAGAGUCACACUGAGGCACUCUUGUCUUCUUUCAACUCAUUUUUGUACGGUCAUCUUUUUUGAUCUAGGGUAAACGAGACGAAUCCAGCAAAGUUGAUAAAAGUUUAGCACAAAAGGAUGCAGAGGCAAUUAUGCAGGUAUUCAUGUUUUCUGAAGCAAUAUGUUAUCUUAGCUACUAUAGUAAAUCCAGACGAGAAGGCUCUGGUUGUCAUCUUCUCACUCCAAAUGAGGGUUUAAUGAGAAAACACACAUUAGUAAACAAGCUUCAUAAUAUAUAGAUUUAUUGAGCUUAUCUCAAGGGCACAACGCCUUGCCCCGGUCAGGACUAGAACCCGGGUCGUCCGACCCGGACCCAGUGAACCACUGGACUACUGAACAAAGCUGAGGCGUUAGUGUGCCCGCGGUACAGUUAACCGCGCAUGUCAAAAGUAGCACCUUGUACGGUCGUACGGUCGUACAUCCCAAUUUUUUCGGCUUGAUGGGUUACUACUAUUUUGUAUAAUUGUGGGGCUACGCUCUGCGAGCUCCGCUAUAACUGAAAAAGAUUGAGCCAUUGACAACAAGUUGUUCCAUGUUCUGUGUACUUUGCUGUUAGGAAUGUAGUUAGCUGACGCUUCAAUGCAGCACCGCAAGUGUGUACCGAGCGAAACAUGCGAACUGCGCGUCAUUACAUGCACCUGCGUGUAACAGAACAUGCACGUAGGUUCGUGUAAAUCAGUCAACUAAAACUCAUUAAAUGCGUGUACUGAGACAACAGUCCGUGCAGUAAGACAAAAAGUUUGGAUUCGUAACUCUUCAUAAGAUUUCCGACGAGCUCGAGCGAGCCACUGAUCUUUGUUGGGUUUCUUGCGAAGUGAUAAUGUGUGCGUCUCAAACGAGUGCAAAAUAGCUCGUCCUUUGGGUAGAAGACAAGAUCCAUUUUCUUCAAUAUUUUGAUUUGGAAUUAUCAUCACCGUUUUUUCCUUCCUUCUGUAUUUUUAAAGGCUAGCUUCCUUGGUACAGAUGAGGACAAAUUUGUGCAGGUUUUCACGCAAAGAAGUUUCCCUCAUCUCAAAGUAGUCUUCCAAGAAUAUAAAAAGGUAAAGCUGAGACAAUUAUACUAAUUGUGCGGUACGAUUAAGUAUUCUAAAACCAAAACCAAACAUCCAAUUACAAGGAAACGAUCAGAACUGAUAAAUAGUAAAAAGAAACAAACUGGCUGAAGCGCUGGAAAAUGCUACAGACUAAGUACAGAUUGGUUUUGCAUUUGAUUGGUUGAGAGGAUGGCAAGAUUUUUUUUUAGACCAAUCACAAGGUGAAGCAGAAUACAAACCCACAAUGCUUUUAACACUCGUUGAACAUUGGUCCAAAAAAUCAAGAGAAGUGUAAACGUUUGAGGAUGGAAGACGUCAAAACUGAUUGCACGUGAAAGAAUUUUCUAGAUGUACAAACCCAGAAAUUGCCACUUUGGGCAUACUAAAGUUAGUUCCUGAAGUAACCUAUGCCAUCCAUGGGUGACUGAUAUUGGUUCUUUUUUUAAACUACAGCUAACAAACCAAGAAAUGGAUGUAUGCAUCGAGGAGGAAAUGAGUCAAGACCUUGAGAAGGGAUUCUUAGCCUUAGGUAACAUAUAAACUACUCGUAAGCAGUUUCAGUGUUGGCUUAACUGGCUUGUAAGUGAUAGCUCGAGAGGGGCGUUUUGUUACGAUUUGAUGAAAUGUUUGCUUGCGGGAAAUAUUAAGGAGGAAGAUGAUUCCAUCUAUUUCGUCAAGCUUUGUAGCCAGAGUGUAUUUUUACCAGGAUCAAUAUUCUUCUUGUUCUCAUGAUUCAAGAAAGAAGGAAUUAUGGGUGUAACUCUUGUCCGUAGGGGGGGAGGGGAAAGGAGGGGUGAUUGCAAGUUACGAUAUGUGAUACGAAUUCUGCCCAAGUCCUCAUUUUCCUCUUUUGUUUCUUUAAUAGUUAAAUACACUCGUGAUCCUUCAGCGUUUUACGCUAACAAAAUUCAGAAGUCACUAAAAGAGGGUGAAACAGACACGCCAGGUCGAAUUAUUCUUACAAGUUCAACGGUAGGGCUUUUACAUGAUCGAAUUAAAAUGAGUAACUAUAUUUUAAGUACAAAUGUAAUCAGAACCUCGUCGCUAAAAAUAGCAAAUGUAAAUAACCUAAAGAAUAGAUUAGAAUCCGAGCUGGUGGGAUGCAAACUUGUUAGCAAUUUAUUACGUCUGCUACGAAAGAAAUUUGUGAGAGGGAUUUGGUUAAGGUGGUUACAUCGUUGUUGUCACCGAAUCCAGAUUGCUAGGUUACAAUUUUGCAAUUCGUCAAACGUAGUUGAUUACAUGGGAGUGGUGGUAAAAACAGAAGUAUGGAUACAUCCUAACUUAAUCAUCACACCUUUUAGCCAAGCUACUCAGUGACGAAAAACGUUCCUGCUGGUGGUAUCAUACUUACACCUUGUUCCGUGUGUUUGUUCGUUUUAGGCUGAAUUAGCAGACAUCAUGGGAAGGUACAAAAAGCUUUCUGGAAAUGACCUCUCUAAAGACGCUGAAGGAAAGUUCAGUGGAAAUAUGAAAAAGUUGAUUCUACCCAAACUCAAGAAAGGUAAAUAUUUAUUUUGUUUAAUGGCUCAUUCUUUCUUUGUUGCCGUCCAACAUUAAAAUGCUUACAUUAUUCCUUAUAUUUUUUUAAUAAUUUGUUUUCCUUUUAUGAUAGCUGGCCAGGAACAGAAAGAAAAGGUGAGUAAAUUGUAACAGCUGCCUAACUUGUAACCGAUAAAUUCUCCUGCGCUAUUCGCUUCUGGGAAACGUGACUGAAUUAAAUUCACAUACAAACGAGCAAAUGAACGAAUCAGUUCUAACGAGCACAUGACCGAGUAAGCAAACAAUGAAACGAGCAGCCGAACGAAUUAACACUAGAAAGGAAAACAAGCUUAAGACCGCCCGAAUCAGUUCGAGCGAGCACAUGACCGAGUAAGCAAGCGAGCUGCCGAACGAAUUAACAGUAGACAGGAAAACAAGCUUACGACCGCCCGAGUGAACCAACCGGCUAAUCUUUCAAUGAAAUUUUAGACGUUUAUGAGAAUCAUGACAUUGAAUGCUCACAAAAAAUUCCGUUUAAAUUUUUCAUCAAUGAAGGAAAAAGCUAGCAACAACUCGAAAAAGAAAAAGGAAACGGCUGACGUCGUACAAGUAGGCGGUGGAGGAAGGAAACCUACUGUUAACAGAAAACCCUCCCAGCAAAAGAAAACGCAUCAAGACGACAAACAAGAAUAUGCGGACCUACGCGCAGCGAUCGACGGUGGGUAUUGUCCUAAAUUUCAGGGACACUAUCUAGGAGAGGGAUGCGGGGUUCUGUGCCAAGCACUCUCUAUUGUUCUUUGCUAUAGAUCUUCUCCUUUCAAGCUAUUUAAACUAAAUGUAUGUUCUUUGUUCUUUUUUAACCUACGAAGCUAACGACAAAAAGAAAAUAAAAGAGAUUGUAUGCCGGAAUCUCAAGGAUAAGGAACAGGCCAAGAAGCUUGUCGAGGACUACAACGCGAGAUAUGGAAAGGUAAAUUUUGUAUUAUUCUUUAUAUCUUGAUGUGAAUUAAUUAGGAAAAUCCCCCUCGAGAGGGUUGAUAGUGUCCAGAGUUUUGUCUUAAAACUUUUGCAAGCGUUUUAAAUAACUUCGAUAUGUUUUUUGUAAUUUUUAUCAGGAAUUGUUUGAAGCCUUGGAUGAGAAAAUAGAUGAAGACCUUCUGGAAGCUUUAGCUGCCAUGUCCUUAAACAAAGCUCAGCACGAUGCAAGGACUUUGCACUUGGCUAUGAAGGUGGGUCAGGAGUUUCUCAACGAAUAACAGCUCGGGAUCAUUUCUCUUCUUAAAUAUCAUCCUAAGGUCAAAAUAUAAUUUAGAUUAUUCAAUUGUGAUUAGAUUCCAUUACAGAACGAAGAGACUACUAAAAUUUUCCUCGAUCCCAACAUUUGGCUUCUUCGCUAAGGUGGCAGUAACGCCCAACCAUUAUGUAUGGGGGACGGGUUCGAAGUUUCUGACGCCUGAAUUCUCUUGAGCUUCUUUGUCAGCCAUUUCUUUACUUGUUGAAUUUGUGUCUUUCAUCUUGAAGUAGCUGUUGUUCUCUUUAACCUUGUGACUUAAUCUUGCCAUUGACAUUUGCGCGCAAGUAACUACCAAUCACAAACAGUACGCGUAUCUUUUAUACGUCGUCGUCAAUAUCGACGCAACAAAGGAACAAUCAGUUAAUGCUUACAGGGUCAUAAUUACCUUUUGUCACACACUGGACGUUGUCGGUUUGUAAACUUGCGGUUUGUUUAUUUCUACAAAUUUGUACUUGCCUUUAGGGUUUGUUCACCAAGGAGAUCGUGCUAAUUGAAGUAUUCUCAACGCGAACAAAUGCGGUAGGUAUUUGUCAUGUUCCGACCUCUUUUUUCUGUUUGAGAUAUACACUGGAGUCCAAAGAUAAUCAGGGUCGUCAUCUCAUUGGCUUUCUAUAGUCUUUGGUACAUUUAUAUAGUAAGUCAAUUUAAAAUGGUGGGAUGUGACCUGGGAUUUUUACUGAUAGCGUUUUCCUUCGCCCUCUGAUCGGUCGAGAAAACUCGCGCCAACCUCAGAACUAAGUUUUUGUUAAACUAAAACCAGAAGUGACUCGGUCAUUCACAUUUUCCCGCUCUUGAGGCUUUCAACGCUUAUGUUUUCUCAAUUUUUAAUGGGCUUCUCGCGAUAUGUUCCUUUGUUUUGAUUGGCUGUUGUGAUGAUUUGGUUUGGUUUUUAGCGUUGGAUGCUCGAAGGAAACGUUAUAUAAGCUGGUGUGAAUUGCGUUUACCGGACAAUCUGCAGUGCACGUGCAGCCCUUUCGGUCACAUUCUUAAUGGAUGCAAGGACAGACUUAUAGCCUUUGUGAUCUUUUAGAAAUAUACUUCCCUUGAAUACUUUCUCUCUUUUAAUCAACAGGAAAUCGCCGCAAUAAGACAAGCCUACAAGAAAAGUAAGACAUGUUUGAGUUUCUUAUUUAUGAUUGAGGUUUUAAUUUUUCUAAUACCUUCAGCUAUCCUCAUAACAGUUGAAUAUAGGAAAUGUCAUGAUUUUACUCUUUGUAUCUAACAGUUGGCAUUUGUGUUGUUGUCAGAGUACAGGAAGGAGUUGGAACAAGUUAUCAAGGAUGAUACAAGUGGCGACUUCGAAACUCUGCUUGUUGAACUCAGCAAGGUUUGUGUGCUUAAAAAUGGCCUCAGUAUACCCGACAAACAAACACGGGAAUGAAUGAGGCAACGAAAGAACGGAUCGAUUAACGAGCAAACGAACUAAUGGAUACGAACAACCCUCUCCUUUCAUCCAUGGCUUACAUUAUGUUUUUCUUUGUCUCAAACUCUAUUUUCAUAAGUUAACAUAUGUAAACACUGAGGUAAAUUAAAUUUGAAUCAAGGAAAAAUUAGUUGAUUUCGUAUUCCCUGCUUUUAGGGUCAACGGGACGAAGGCACUGAUGUGAGUGACGACCUGGCACAUAAAGACGCAGAAUCUUUGUUGGAGGUGAGAAUCACUUGGAAUCAAAAUUUUAAAGAGAGAGCACAAUUCCCAUUGACUAAUUUUUGAAAAAGUCAAUAAUCUUGAGAUGGUUUAGAUUACAUACUUCUAUCGUUGAAAGCGACCUUCCACUUGCAUCCUUUUAACUCAGAGAUUCACACCGCAUCGUUGACCGUCUAUCAGUUUUUAAUUCUUAAUUAUUCUCAACAGGCUGGUAUAAAGAAAUGGGGCACAGACGAAGAAACUUUCAUCACAAUCUUCACUACACGUAGCUUUCCUCAGUUGAAACUAAUGCUUCCAGAAUACAAAAAGGUAAGCACUGAAUUCAGUGUAUGUUUUUGGUCACUGUUGUCUAAUUUUUCGUCUGUUUUUCUGUCUAAAUGAAGUUUGCUCAUUGUCCUUCGACAAGUUUCUUGGCCUCAUAGCUAAUAAAGCUGACUUAGAAGUUACUAGACAAACAUUUCCAGCCAACUUUUUUGUAUGGCAACUUGUGGAGGAAAAAUUAUCAUGAAGGAAAUUUACUGAUGCAAAUGAUUAAAUUAGGGCAGUUGUCCAACAAAUUGAAGGGUAUAAUGGAAAUUUUACCAAACCAAGUUUUUCUCGAUAACUGCCCUCGACAAGUUUGUUUUUCCAAUUGCAAAGUUGACAUUUUUCCUUGAUAACUGUGCUUGAUAACUGCAGCAGGUUGUUUUCCCAUGAAAAAUCAUUUCGUUGGGUUGAUAGGAUUUUUUUUCCAAUAACAAAUAAAAAAAGCAGCGAUAAAAACUCACCAUGCAGUUAAGAUUUGAGUUGAAAGUUUGAGAUUUGACAGUUGGAUUUGAUUGUAAUCCCCCUAAGGUGCUUUUGGGAAAACAAUAGAAAACAUGUUUAAAUAAAACAAACAAACAAACAAAAACUUGAGUUACAUCUAUUUGCAGUGGGCCAAGUGUGAAAUUGAAGACACAAUCGACUCUGAGAUGUCAGGUGACCUUCGGGAUGGACUGCAGACACUUGUGAAGUGUAUCAGAGAUCAGAACCAGUUCCUCGCGGACAAGCUGCAAGUUGCACUUCAAGGCAAAUCUACAGCAACAGUCGCUCGGAUUGUUUUGGGAGAGGUGAAUAUGUUAUUGAGGGUAUAACGUUUUCAUAGAUUGUUUCAUUCUCCCCCGGCUUGUCUAUUUCAUCUUUUAGAAGUUACUUUAUAAUACAAAUAAAUCCCGUCUUCUCUUUUAUGGGCCAGGCAAGAAUGCGUCUAAAUAACAGAAAGUUCGAGAUUUUCAGGGUGAAAUUACAGUGCCAAAAAAAAAAAAAGAAAUCAUGCAGUUCCCAACCAAUCAGAGCACGUUUGUCUCUAAUCACUUGUCACUGUACAAAACCAAGAGAAAAUAAGGGAGCAGAUUUCAUUAUUUUCCCUUAGCAAAACAGAUUUAUCUUCGUGAGAGAAAAAAAAAAUACAGUUUUACAGUAUAUUUUUAACCAAACUUCGUGCAAUUAAAUGUGGACAUGAAAAGGGGAUAUUUAGAUCUGUUUGCUAAAUCAAUUUUCUUUCUUCAUCCCAGGGUGCGAUUGCUGAGGUAGAGAAAGCAUACAACCAAACCUACAAACCAAAGCUUGCAGCUGAGAUCGACGCAAAAUGUAGCAAUGAAUUGAAGAAACUUCUAUUACCGAAUUUAAAAGGUAUAAAAUAAAUUAAAACGAAUUUUCAGUUAUAAAUCAAUUGAAACAAAUAACUUAAAAUUUGGCUUUAAUUAUGCGUCUUGUUAAAGUCUUAUUUUGUCCGAUUUAUAAAUUUAUGUACGCAUUCUGUUCAGUCCAAAAAGACUUCGAUAUUUCCUUGAGAAUAAUAAUUUAAUAUUUAGAACUGCAUGAAAAUUUUUGGCUUGGCUAGGAGCCCUGGCUUUGAGUGUUUCGUCAGGCGGUAAACAAAAAAGUAUGAACUUGGACUUUUUAAAUGAACGCACGGCAUGCCUGUUUUUAUCGACAUAUUCCACUUUUUGGAAAUGACUUUUUAAUACUGUAAUUACAGAAAUAUUACCAUACGAAGGAUCUUUGUGAGGCGUGCAGGUCCUAAAAAUCUAAAUCGUCCCAUAUAAGACGCAGUUGUUUAUUCCAAUGUGUAAUCAUCUCGUACAUAAUGACUCGAAGAAGCUUAGGUGUAAGGCACAGUUAAACGUCCUCUCAAUGAACACCAUGUGGAUAUGCACGUAUUGGCACCUAGAGGGCUCAUAGUUCGGAAUGUAGGCUUCUUCACGUGGACAUUGUAAAUUACACGGCACAAUUUUUAUGUCCCAUUUGUAAGCACCUUGUAAAAAUGCACCUACUCAUUAGAUUAACAAUUGUGAAUUUACUAACGGUUACCCCUUAAUGUGUACGUUCUAAAGUAAAUGGCGCACUCAGAAUGUACUUUAUGUAAGCACCUUGUAAAAAUGCACUUUGUGACAAAGCACUUGUGUUGCACUUGUUAUGUGUAGUAGAUCCUGUAAAUAAUUCGUAAAUCACCUUCCCACCUUUUAAGGUCUCCCUCACAUCGUAACAACCGUCACGACGAACAUUUCGUUCAUGCGUAUGGCGCUUUGAACUUCGAUAACUUUUUCCACCAUCCUAAAAUCAAGAUUUCGGGGAGGGGCAUCGUGGCGCUCCCUCCCCUUUUUUUAAUAUCAAUGCUGAUGCCCCAAGGGUCGGGGUGCCCGUAUUCCUUGUAAAAAUACGUUUACCUCCGCCCUCACUCCCGUCCUCUACUUGAGGCUGGACCCGCCCCUGAUCUACGGGUUUGUUUCACUAGGGAUAAAUUUAUCAUGGGUUUAAAAUUCCAUUUAAAAUGUUUUUGGGUAUUUAAAUGAUGAUGACGAUUUUAAACAAAGGGAAACAAGUUUUUAUCAACUUUAAAAUCGAGCCUCAACCCACCCCGCAAAGAGAUCUGAAUAAAAUCGGACCCCAUAUGGCGCAGAGGUCAGUAUAACACAUAAAACUUUCGUGAACCCAUAACCAAAAUUGAGCCCAUAUGAGGCAGGGGCUGCGAACGUCAUGAAAGGUUUAAGAGAAAUCCUAAGGAGAUAUGUUACGCCGUUAAAAUUGUGUAUCUUUUAAAGCGUUGCUUUUGGUUCGAUACGAAUAUCACUGGAAUUGCAUACGGGCAGCCAGCUAGUUGUACGUCAAUUGAACAAAGCGUAUGAUGUCCAAAAUGGUCUUUUCUUUUUUUCCUCUGUUUUUCUCCUUUUAUACAAAUUCUUUCCACCUUUUUACACAAAAAUAUUAGUAAGGCAAACUAAUUUUCUUCAGAUAGACGAAACUGUUACUUUUCUCUGUACUUCUCUUUCAUAACCUUUCCUUAACGUUUCACCCUUCUUUCCUAAGAGCUAAUUCUUUCUUGCAGUAUAUAAACAAAUUGGCCGAGCCUCAGUCCAGCAGCUUUUCACGCAAAGUACAGUUUUGCGUUUUCACGGGCCGAGGGGCCAUUUGAUGACAACCACAGUUUCUCUACCUUUCUUUUUGCGCACCUCGUUCACAGGGGCUCAACUAUUGAACAGAAAGUUAUCAAUGAUAGCAAGAAUUCUAAGGGGGGAAGGGUACCCUCUCAAAUAAAACUCAGCACUCAAUUAUUAGUCAUGUGUAUUGGUUAUCACAGUUAACUAAAUAAACACAUGACGAAAUAGACGAAAAAACAUUGGCAAACCCAAAUCGGAGCACGAAGCAUAAUUAAAAAAACUUUAUAAGCUUAAAGUUCCAACGUUGUAAAUUAGCCCUCUGUAUUAAGCGGACGUGCGCACCAAAAUCGAUGGUUCAGAACUUCAUCAGGCGGAGAACUAGAAGAGAAACUCUAGUGUUUUUUUCAUCGAUUUACAUUGCCAUAUUGCACUAAAUACCUUUUAAACUUUAUUUCAGUAACUGAGUUUUAUUCCAUCCACCCUUAACCGAUAGACUUGGAAGUUCGCUAAUUAGUCACUUAUUAGCUGUAUAGUCAAUCAACCACAUUUGCCCAAUUUUCGAAACUUGCAUUUUAGCAGACGCCCUGCUCCUGGCAGAAACUUAAAGGAGUGGCGUGGGUUUUAACUUUUCAGACUUCGAUCACAUAUUUUAUUCUAAGACUGGUGCGCUCAAGAACAGACAAAGCGCGUGAACUUUCUUCCAAAUGAUCCACAAAUUUAACUUUUGCGAGAAGCCACGUUUUUCCUACAAACUUGAAGAAAAGGUUUUUUUUGUACUUUUCUCACUACUAUACCAGCUGAUUCUACUCUAGAAGGAGCGAACUGUAAAAUGUGACAUAAAAUCUAGCUGAAAUUUCCAUACGAUAUGACUUCUCUUCACUCUUCCGUUACUUUCCUAAAGUCAUGCAAGUAUUAGACCAGAGUUAUCUAUAGAUUGGAAUGUCACUGGAAUUUAUUACAAAGUGGUUCACGAUGUAUCUGAAAAAAGGGUGGGACGUAGUUUUCUCAGUGGCUCAGGGAUUUUUCUCGGCAAAUUCUCCUUCAAUUUCACAUAGAAAGCCAAGAAAAGUAACAUUGACUUGACACUCGCGUGUUCCUCCAAGCUGUCUGCAGUGUGUAAGUCUUGCAUAUCUCGAAGUGCUGUUUCUCACAAGAGGGCGGCAAGGGCAAAGCAAUGAGACAAGAUAAGAGCCGGUCAUUUUAAGGACUCCAUGUAUGGUUGAGAAUUCAGGUUUACUGUAACUGAUCGUAAUAAUAGAUUGUCUGAACCGAGCUUAAGGUUGGAGUGAUAUUGAUCAUGAAUCGCAAAGGUAGACUCAGUGGCAUCAAUGUUUUUUUUUUUCUGGCCCUCAAAGUCUUGAAUGAGCAAUACUGCUAGCCAAACCCGAUGAAAUGUUGUUUAGAAAAUGUUUGAUAGAGUAACUUCCCACUUGGGGCCGAAAUAAUACUUCUACAAGCUAUGCAUGCUAAAUGUCAUACCAGCCAGCUAAGAAAAUAAAUGUGGUACUUUGAAUUGUUACCUUUCAUUUAACUCUUCAUCAUCAUGAUGAUGAAUUUUUAGAGCGCAUUCUCCAUAUAAAUAUGCCAUGCACUUAAUUAACGGUACCCUUUGGGGGACUUAAGCCAGACUGCAUUGAGCAGUUUACAACUCAACGCUGUCAUACGAACUCAAAACUCGUUUAUGCUUUAACUGCUUGAGCUAUCUUACUAAUCUCACCACACAACCUCACCACACAAAUUUCCUAGCUUCUUUUACUCCAAAACGAAUAACCUAAAAUUUUAUCAAAUUGUUUUUUGCAGAUACAGGACCUGACAAAGAACCAAAAAAGGUAGGACAGAAACUAACCUUUAUGUGACUAAGCUUUCACUAAAUCGUAUUAUAUCAACUUAUAUCAAAAGAAAUGUCUACAGAAUUUUAAAAGAAGUAGAGGGAACUUAGAUCCAACCUGUGCAUUUUCCAUGCAAAUUUAAGAUUAAGAAUCUGAACAAUUCAUCCCAAUGGCAAAUCGUUGUAGAAGAAAUUUUGAUCCACGUAAGGUGAUAGACUAAGUUUUCUUCAUAGAACGGAAAACCUAGCGGCGAGAAACCCCCUGAAAGCAAACCCACUACUGACAAGAAACCGGAAGUUGAGAGCAAGCCGGAACAAACCGCAGCGGAUCAGAAUAUGGAGACUGCUGAGAAACCGAGAGAAAGUGGCAAAGGGUCUGGUGAACAGGAAGGAGAGAAAAAGGAAGAAAGACCAAAACUGAACAUUGAGAAGGUACAAAAAUAGAUUUUGCAACUAUCGCAGACUUUCCUUGACUUAUCACAAAAUUGUGGCAGAGGAAGUCAGAUUUAACUUUUUAAGUUCUAAUUAGUUUCCUCCUACCCAUGAAUUUUUUGAUGAAAAUAAUCGAUGAGGGACAAUGGAUCAGAGUUGCGUCUGAUUUUUGCUUUUACUUUUUCUUCCUAAUUUAGGCCGAAAACCACGGUACUUUAAAGCCAGCGGAUAAUUUCAACGCAGCAGAGGACGCCGAGACUUUGAAGAAGGCUAUGAAGGGAUUUGGUGAGACAAUUAAUCAAAGAGUGAUUUUAGAAAGUCCUCGCAGAUCAGUUAGGGAAAGCCACGAAGAUGUAUCUUUGUUACCUUAAAAUCCCUAAUUUUUGCGGCGUAAUGUCUCCGAGACUCUGCUAGAGAUAGUUGUCUCACAGAAUUGGAUAACCUUCACACUGAAGCCUUCUCAGACAUGCGAUACGCUUAGCCAAAAAUCGUGUAUAGCUUGUGACUUCCGACAACUAUUUCACUCACCACAGGAAGUGACGAGGAUGCCAUCAUGGCGGUUCUUGCAGCGCGAACAAAUCAUCAACGGCAGGAGAUUGCUGCUAAGUAUCAGCAGGAGCACGACAAGGUAAUUAUUGAUGAACAUGUAACUUCUAACAAAUCAUAUGAACACUUUGUUAACAAGUGAGAUAUGAGAAUGUAUCGACUAACCAGAGGAAAACGUUUCCUUGAUUUACAAUAAACUUCCGGAGAUGUAAAAACUUAAAAACUUACAUAUCAAUCUACAGGAAAUUUGAAAGUUUGUGUAAAUUUGAAAAUUGAGAGUAUCUCUUUCUUGUUUAGCGUCCUCUCACCUUUUUUUUAUUUAUUAAUUUUAACCCUUUACAGAACCUUGUUGAUGAUUUGAAGUCAGAGCUUGGUGGAAAGUUUGAAGAUGCUAUAGUCGCUCUCAUGUCGACGCCACAAUUAUACGACGCUAACUCACUACAUGAUGCUAUGUCUGUAAGUUGACAAGUAAUCAGGGUCUCCAUAGUCAUGGGACGUUAUGCAUAGUAUCCACCAAAUUAUUUCAGUAUGGAGAUAUCAAGUGAGAUCAGCAAAGUCUUAUCUUGGUUAUACUUUAAAACAAAAACUGUGCCUUUGGAACCAGGUAAACCUUUCCUCCUACUUUUUAGGGUCUAGGAACAGACGAGGCUGUCCUCAUUGAGAUUUUAUGCUCGCGUAGCUCAGAGGUAAGUAUUUUUAAUCCUUCUUGUAGCAAAGCGCAAAGCAAAAGACAAUUUCAUACUAAAAUAAAAGUCCAGAUAUCUCUGCGUUUUCUACUUAAAUAAUAACCUAACAUUUCUAGAUCUGGUAUUUUCAAUCCUGAAAUUAAACUAAUUUGACUGUUGUAUUUUUACAGGAAAUCCAAGCGAUCAAAUCCACUUUUAAAGAAGGUAGCUUAUAUUCUUUUUGUCAUCAUAUUUUAAAUCACUCCUGCGAUAGAUAAUGCCCUCAAAUGAACUAUUCAUGACAAACAAUUUAUUUAUUUUCCCUUCAACAGUUCAUGGAAAAGACCUUGCGGAGGAAAUCAAAAGUGAAACUAGUGGGGAUCUUCAAUCCACUCUAACAAAAUUGGUGGAGGUAGGAUGCGUUCUUCUUUACACUAAAACCUGUUGGUUUCACUUGUUCAACGUUUCCCUUUUAUUCUCAACUUUCUCUAUAGCUCUGUGCCUUACUUCACCAUUGGAGUUCAGUUUUCUAGCUCCCCUUUCCAUUAUUUUCUUCUUUUGUUAAGAGCAAUUUGUCUCGGACCCAAACGAAAAAGACACUGAAAAGAACCCAGCUAUCAUAAAGAGUGUUUAAAAUGAAGUGCCUCCCCAAUUGUCGCAUUCUAUCUGACAAGGAGAAACACGUGUUCGAUAGAGUGAUUGUUGUUCUCUAAAUUUAAUUCAAAUAAAUCUUGUUGUGAUCUCUGAGUACAGUGUUCAACUAAAAUGUCACUAAUUAGGAUUUUAAUUGAUCCCUUUUUGAAGGAGAAUCCGUGACAAGCUUAUUACUAGGUUGAACGCUCAUCAAUUAAAUUACUAUUUUAAAAAAAAAAAAGUUAAACGCACGUUUUUCGCUUCUUCUUAAGGGUUUGCUCAAACCUUCUGACACUUAACCAAUCCUUACUUUCAAAAUAUAUUACAGAUCUAACCCUUGAACACUACUUAACUUUUCAUAGGGAAAGCGAAGUACUUCAGAAAAGGUGGAUGAAGAUCUUGCUUAUGAAGAUGCUACGAAACUUUUGGAGGUUAGUAUAAAGCAACCUUGGUGUAUAGGAUCAACUCAGUGGACAAUCAGCAGGUUAUUGGUUACUGAUCUUUUAAGUUCCUACACGAAUUUUCAGGGUUUUGUUAUAUCUCUUGUCUUUACCCUUAUCGUAUACAAGAACAUUAGUCCAAAUCAAAUGUAACAAUAAUACACUGUAAAAAUGUAAACUUGGAUAAAAAGCUUUUUCUUAAUACAUUUAGGCUGGUGAAGACAAGUGGGGGACACAUGAGUCUGUGUUUGUUAAAAUUCUUACAACAAGAAGCACCACGCAGCUGCAAGCAACGUUUGAAGCGUACAAACAUGUGAGUUAAACCACUUCAAUGCGCUUCCUCUUUGUAUAGUUUUCUGAAGUAAAGCUACAUUAGUUAGAAAAUGAGUAGAAUGUGAAACUGGGUUGCAUAGUUCGAUGAAAAUAUGGCUAGGGUGUUUUCAAUUGCCACUCAACGUUCUCAACGUUCAACGUUAAACGACGUUAAAUUCAGUCUUAAAUUUUGCGUCCUCGUUGAAGAUUUGAACCGCACAAACCCGUUUUAAUAAUUACGUGAAACUCUGAUGCGUGGAUAAUCUACCAAAAACAAUUAGGGUAAAAAAAAACCACAAACUUCAUCUGUAACAACCUUUUUGCACACAGCUCUCAGCUGAUAAACCCUGUCGAACUGAAAGCCUUCUGCUCGGCCAACAAAAUUAUAAUGCGGUCAACGAUGAAACCAUGGUGAUGAUAGCACGGGUGCGGGAUAAGGGGCUCCCCCCAUUAAAUGACAUAUCGGAAAGUCGAAGAAGUUGCGGUCCGCUCUUGCGGAUAUCACAAAGCUACUGAUUUUUUAUAUUCAAGUACAAACAAUGAUGCAACUCAGUCACCGUUUCUCUUGCUGGUAAUUUCUACUCAAUGUUAUGACAUAAUUAGUUUUAAAGUUAGACAACUACUUGUUACCAGCUGGCGUGUUGAUACUUAACAUCAUCAGAUUUCAAGUGGCCAAGGGAUGUUGUUGACUUUUUUUUUUCUCUUUGACAUCAAUCCCUCAGGUUGCCAAGUGUGAUAUCAUGGAUUCUGUGAACUCUGAGCUCACUGGAGAUUUCCACGAUACCGUUGAAGCGAUAGGUACAGCCAAAAAAAUUGCUUUAAAUAUCUCUAAAACUCUACUUAACCUCCUUAUCCAAUAACCCCUAGGUUACCUGUGCCUUUUAGGAUCUCCUCCCGAAAUGGUUUUCAAACAGUGUUUAUCUUUGCGUGAACUCUAAUAAUCCAAAAAAUAUUAAAUCCACGGUAAGAACAUUUAAUUCUCUCUCGAUUGUGUAGUGUGAUCUUCUUGGUGAGAGUAAUCCAGAGAGGGAACAUUGUCACUGACCGCGACUGAAGUUUUGACAACCCGACCGAAAGUCAUGAUUGGAGUCAAUUUGAUACUGAUAAUGACUUCUGUUCAGCUUUUCAAUCACUGUCACUAACAACAUUACGUGGAUGAUGAUUGACAAUUAAACAACAAGAUCAACUGUUUCUUCCGGGUUCAAACCUUUCACGGCAUUUUAUUUUUCUUUUUUCUAGUUCGAUGUAUCCGAAAUCCUCCGCUGUUUUUCGCUGAAACGUUGGAAAAAGCAAUCAGUGGCAUAGGAUCUGACAGCAAAACAGUCACUCGUGUUGUGGUCACAAGAUCAGAGGUGAUUUGUUAUGAAACUAUAAUUCCCCCUGCAAUAUGUUUCUUUGAACAUUAGAGGAGACAAUUUAGUGUGUGAUCAGGGUAACGCCUUCCAGUUGACUAAAUUAUCUGUUCUCAUGACCCCUUUGCAGAAAACGCUGAGAUUACUUUGUCUGACCACCUAAAAACCUUUAACCCCUAAAACACUCCAACAUCAGCAUGGAUUUUCUCCGUACUGUUCUUGGCAAAUUUUCUCUGGAAAUAACAGGGUGAAUUUAAUUAAAAAUCAAGAGCUUAUGGGCAUUCGUUUCCUUUGUUCGUAUGAGACUAAUGCUUCAUUCAUUAGUGAUAGUGUUGUGCCAAAUUAGAUACUAAUCACCCUCAGGCUUAACUUCAACCAAGUCUAAAUUCCUUUUCUUAUUUAUAAAACUGUAAUUUGUGGUAAAUUCUAUUUGACUUUCCAACAGACUUGGCUUACUGUUACUAUUAUUGCUUACUUUACUCCCCCCUAGUUUCCGCGGCCCUUAUAUUUAUGCUCUUUCAUCAUCAUCAUCAUUAUUGUUAAUAAGAUUCGCUUUUUAGUUUGUUCUUUUUUGGUUAAUUUUUUGUUUGCUUGUUUGUGUAGGUUGAUCUUGCUGAGGUCAAAACAGAAUAUCAAAAGAAGACAGGACAGACGUUAAGGACUGCGAUAGAGAACGAAUUGAAAGGAGACCUUGAAAAACUAUUGUUACAGAUCGUCGGUGAUUAG